UUCACCAGUGCAUGCACACGGGGGCGCACGGAUUGACUGAGUCAAAUCGUUCUGCAUCUCUCGCUGCCUCGGAGGGCGGGAUGUCUGAAGCCUCCACCAAUGGUUUUGCUUGUCUCUCACUAGGUAAGCAGCAGGUGAGCAGGGGGUCAAGCGGGGCUGGAACGCAUGACAGAGGCAUUCUUGAAGACUCUGGAACAGGAAGUGAUGACAUAGAAACAGGAAAGCCAGUCGCUAAGCGGAUGAGAUUGGGUUAUGUCCACGGAGACAUAAUGGAGCAAAAACAAUCUAGUCCAAGCGAACCAGAACUGGAGCCUGGGAUAGCUAUGGCUUCCCUCGAAGACAGUCGGACGUGGUCGGAGAUGCCAUGUGACAUCCCGCCGCAUUUUCACACAAGUCAUGUCAGUCGUAGUCAUAGCAACGCUACAGAUGCUCCUGUGAGAUCACACCAGUUGAUGACACAGGAUGGAGGCUGGAGGGUUGGGCCUGGGGGAGGUGACAAGUCACUGGAGUCCCCUGCCAACGGGAUGCUGUCUCCCUGGUCCGUGGAGAACGGAGUGGGGGUAGACCCCCCCUCUGACAGUGACACUGAGGAGCAAGACCUGUUCUCCUGUCGUAGAGUGGUGGCCUACAUGAAGAGGCUGCACCUGUCCUGUGCACGCACCUACCUCUCCUGGCCCUUCCCCAAACCUGAUUCUGCACAGUCACUCCCUGUGACAUCAUCAGUUCUCAACGCUAAUGGACCACUGACACCUCCAGGGGAGUCUGAGUCAUCAGCUGCGGGCUGUGUUAAUGGAGCCUUGAUGAACGGAUAUGGAGACUCACUGGUGAGGGCUGAGAGAACCAGAGUUCUCACCUCUCACUGUACAUUCUCUGAAUACACUCCACAGACAAGCUACCAGGUCUAUGCUCAUAGGAAUGGGAUGAAGGGAGAUGUAGAAGAGGGAGAGGGAAAUAUGAUGGAAGAGAAAGACAUGAGCAAUGGAAUAGGAGGAGAAGAGGAUGAGAGCGUGACCCAGUGUUCACUCUCUCCUGACACUUCAAGCAAGGUGUACCCAUACCACCCCCUGUGUCACAAGAAGCCAAAGUCCCAACUCAGAACUAGGGGUCUCCAUCGCAACAAAGCUUCCAUCUCCCCUCCACCUAAAGCUCCCACCAUCUCCACCCUCCUCACCCCACCCAAAAACCACAGUGAAACUGAUACAGUUUUUUCUGUUUCCUCCAGCCUUUCUCAAACUGACACAGACACCGUUUCUUGCCUCUCUCCACCCAAAACUGACUCUGUCUCAACCUUCCCUCCACCUAAAGUCAGUGGCGGCGGUGAGACAGCCUCCACCCCCCCUCCUAUAGGCCUCGGUAGUGACAUAGACACAGCCACCACCGCCUUUCUUCUGUUCUCAUCUGCAUCCCAAAACAUAGAGACAUCCCCACCACCCUCCUCUCCUACUCCCUCCUCCUUUCCUACUCCCUCCUCCCCUCGGAGGAAGGAUGAAGGUGAGGCUAUGUUCAAUGCAACCUCCUCCCCGUCAGCUGUGGACAGUAAGACAGACACGUCUCACUCAGACUCCUUUCACUCAGCAGAGUCAUCCCCUCUUCCACCAGAUUUCUCCUGUCUUUCAGCUGAAUCCUCCUUUCUCUCAUCCAGCUCCUCACUUCUGCCUCAAGAAAAAAGAAAGGCAGAGGGAGUGGAGGUGCAGAGAAGAGAGGGAGAUGAAAUAAAAGGAGAGGUGACUGCGAGUGGAGAACUGAAGGUUUUGGUUUUACCAGGCAGUGAGUCCUCCAGUCCAGAGAAGCAGGAGCAGCAGCGUCCAGAGCAGAAGAGCACACAGGGGGGCUUGUCGCUCGGCAAGCCCAAAGAGAGAGAGGCUGUGGUGGCCACGAUCAGUAACCUCGCCCCUGGGAUUCUUGGAGGUCAAACACCAAUGCUGUGCAUAACACGCCUGAUGCUGCAGACACAGAGCUACUCAGAAGAGGACGAUGACUUUGUAGAUCAGAAAGAGAAGUUGUCCAGUGCAGUAGAUGUUGGAACACAGGCCCAGGCAACCUCCACUGAUGAAGAUGAUGGUACAUGUGGUGAAGAGGGGCAAUCGCAGUCUUCUGGAGAUGGGACACUAGAGCCUGUUAGAACCCAGCCCUGUACUGAUAAAGAUGUCGAUCAUCAUAAUCAGUCCACCUCCUGUACUAAGGUCACGUCUGAGAACCAGGAAGCCGGCACUCCUUCCUCUUCCGGGUCACACACUCAACACCAGGAAGUAGAAGUCAGGGCAGGGUCAAAGGUCAAGCUGGAUAGUGACCCCAAAGCUGACCUCUUGGAUGAGUUCACAGCCUACGAGCAGGACAUCCUGCUUGUGGAUGUUCUCCUGGAUGACCCAGAGCUGUUUGGCAGCUUGCCUCAGGACCGUGACCCCAUGCGGGGGUCAACCAGGGGACAAAGGGCCGCUAGAGCCAGGACCACCAUUGGGGCAGGGAGAGCCCUACUACUCACGGGUGCAGGUCCCUCAUGGGCCACUGAGAAAAGCUCCACCACGGGUACAGAUGGGCCUCCUGGUUCUAAGUCCGACCAGAGAAGAAUUAUCCACUUUAAAGAUGAGGAGAAUGCAGGACGAUCUUGGAGACCUGUAGCCAGCUCCAACCCUAAGCCUGCCCUGGUCCACAGCAACAGCUGGCCCCCUACUGUCCACGCGUUACAUCCAGACCAGGGUGGAACUGACUACAACUACAGGCCAAUGAAGGCAGAGAUCUCUGAGAGGGCCAAGGCCAUCCAGUCUCUGAACUCAGUUAAGAGCACACUGCCUUAUCUGAUGACUGGAGACUCCUGGUGCAAUGGACAUACAACCUCAUGUAAAGACCCAGCGGCAGCAGACACCGGCCCUCAAAGACAAUUUGACAGUUAUUGCAAGUACUAUUUCAGCAUGUCGGACUGUUUCCAUAAGACCUGUUGGUUCCUCCAUGUGCCCAAGAGAGGAGACGAGAAGUUCUGUGUGGAGACGGUGCUGAGGUUCGUCAGGUCUUCCAACCCUGUCUGUCUGCAGAGGGCAGUGUCAGUGUUUACGUCGUACUACCAGUUCAGUCCUCCAGGAGUCUACCACACCCCUCUGGUCCUGAAUUCUCUCCUGGCCGCUCUGCUCAAAGCUGGCUUUCUGUCUGACAUCAUCACGGUGCUGCACGUCAGCACCGCCCACAACAUACUGCCCAGUCCAGCGUUUCUCCUGGCUCUGUUUGACUAUGUGGGAGAGAAAGACCAAUCCGUCUUACCUGAACUCAUUCAACUCACCUCUAAGAUGGUGGAUGCAGGCUUGGGGUUAAAUGUGGACCAAUGUGAGCGUGUCCUACACAUGUUCCUUCAGUCGCCACAAUACCACCCAGCAGACUCACCUGAGAAUUACACAACUAAACCUGGCAACCACAGGUCGAUGAACACUGAAGCGCCCACUCCUGAAGCGCUGAGUCUGGCCCAUGCUCUCGUGGAGUUGUGUUCCCAGCAGGAGGACUGGGGGAGGUUGGGUGUAGUAUUCCGCUCUAUAUGCCACUCCCACAGAAGUCUUGUCGACUUACAGCACUUCAGCGGCUGCGUUGCCAUAGCGCUGCUCGAGGGGGACAAAGACAGACUGGCCCUGCCCUUCGCCUCCUUCACUGAGAGAGUGUACCAGGAGACAGAGGACUGGGAGGAUGGUCUGAUCAAGAGCUUCCUGGGGAGAAUAGGAGUCUCUCUGAUGUUCAGAUACCACAAGACACAACAAUGGGCCAAGGGCCGGAUGCUGGUGGAUGUGUUAUCCAGGUUAAAGGUAAACUACUCCACUCUGAAGGGACUGUUCGGUAACGAGGAUGGAGCUUCUCGCUGUCACCUGAUCACAAUAGCUACAGAACUCUUCCUUAGGAGCGACAGUGUAGAGGGGGCACUCAACACACUCCGAGAUAACGAGUGGUUCCUGAGUUCGUGUGUGUGGCCGUGUUCGGUGGAGGACGUAGCAGAGAGAACAACGGUUCUGGUUCGGCUGGCUGAGAUAACAUCCCACAGAGACACACUGGAGGUCCUCACUAACCUGCCUGGUCUUAAGGAACCUGCAGACGUAGCAGACAUCUCCAUAUACGGCUGUCUGUUCAACAGUCACCUCAAGUCAUGUGUCGACAGACAGACUGUGACUGUGGCCUCAGACACACUGGGUUUCAUGUUGUCUAAGAGCCUGGCUGUGGACCCUCCUCUGCUGCACACUCUGCUGCACAAACUGGGCAAGCAAAACAUCUGGCUUCGGGCUAGAGCUCUCUUCAAACAGGCCCUGUGUCUAGGCUAUUACCCUGGUGUGAAGUCUGUGCCAGGCUCUCUGGCACUGACCGUUCCCUGUUCCCUGGGGGAGAUGGAGAUAGCUCUGGCCUUUGAGAUGGUACUCACCCUCAACACUACAACCAUCCUCAACACAACAGGCACACCACAGUCCAUCAUCAUCACACUCAAGAGAACAGGAGACAGUGAGAGUGAGUACUUGGCGGCAGGCAGUCGCCUCCUCUCUGCAGCGAUCGUCCCCAACCCUAAACUGACCGUCCACUAUACAGCGGUCAACUCCUGUCAGGAACAGCUGUUCACGGUCGACACACACACCGCACGCCGCUGGCUCCGACACAACCACACCUGGGCCAAUGAGGUCUGGACACAUUCCUAGGAAUAAAAGCGUCCCAGGAAUUCUGACCGACGUUCCCAUCCUGGGAAUACUGACCAAUGUUCCAAUCCAAUAUUCUUUCUGGGAAUACCAGGAAGGUUUGGAACAGGAAAAGGUUGUACUGAACACUUCCAUGGCCGUGUGUGUGACACUCUUCAAACUUUAACCUACAGCAUCUAGACUUUACAGGCUAAUCUGAUCAAGGGAUUUGUAUCAAGAAAAGACUAUCAGAACUGCAUAUAAUUGUUUGUUUUUUACAAAACUUUAUUGUAUGUUGAGUUUUUCAUUGUAAAUUGUUUUAAUUUAAAGGAGAUGUUGAAUGGAGGAGAGAAAGUACAAAACUUUCCAAGUUUGUUUGGCUUUGACUAGAUUUUGUUUUGAAAAUGUGGUUUAUUUGAAAGUUCUCAUUUUAGCUUGAUGUUCUUUAAACACUUUUUUGUUGCAUAUUUGAGUCACUUGAACAUUUGUGAAGCUAGAUUUUACUGUUUUGUAAGAAAGAAAAAAAAGAUUAAAGAAUGUCGGUUUUGAACUGGGUACCAUUCAUACUUGACUACAAGGUUUGUUUCAGAAAAUGUUUAUUUUCCUUAACAUUUGUUUCUAAGCAGAUUUAAAAGCCUAAAAUGUUUGUUUUUUUGUCAGUCAGCUCUGUCAUGCUACAUUUUAAUGGAAUAAAUUCACAACAGUACUAUAUUAUUGUAAAGAAAGAAAGCGUGUCCCAAAACUCUGUCUCAAAAUCAGUGAGAUCAUAUCAAACAGACAUUUUGAUCCCAGUUAACCUAAUGGUCCUAGCUGGAAUCACAUCAUUGUUUACGACCUUCCUGAUUUCUUUACAUUCCUAUUUGUUACCUUUUCCAGUGCUAUAUCAUUCUAUUCUUCUCGUGCUUCAAAGUGAUUGUCGAGAACUUGGUUCUCUGUUCUAAGUCUAUCGCCGGUUCUAGCGAUGAACAGUAUUUCAGCAUCUUCUACUGUAGGUAUGUUUGGUUGUGUAAAACACAUUGUUUUUCUGGAACAACAGUCUAGAAGCUAUUUAGUUUCAGUCUUAUUUUGUAUUUCUUAAAGGAAAAAUAAACUACUACUGACUGA